AACAAAGAUCGCACUAGAAAUGGUGGCUCGUCACACUUGGCUGCUGCCGCCCGUUCUCGCUGUAUGCCUGGCGGUGGCAUUGCUCGCGGCGGACGCGUCGGCACCCUUGCACCUCGAGGCGCUGCUGGCGUUCAAGAAGGCCGUCACCGCCGACCCGCUGGGCGCGCUGUCCGGCUGGACGGUGGGGGCUGGCGACGCCGUCCGCGGCGGGGUGCCGCGGCACUGCAACUGGACCGGCGUCGCCUGCGACGGCGCGGGCCGCGUCACGUCCAUCCAGCUGCUCCAGACCCAGCUCCAGGGCGCGCUCACGCCGUUCCUCGGCAACAUCUCCACGCUCCAGCUCCUCGACCUCACCGAGAACGCCUUCACCGGCGGCAUCCCGCCGCAACUCGGCCGCCUCGGCGAGCUCCAGCAGCUCAUCCUCGCCGAGAACGGCUUCGCCGGCGGCAUUCCCCAGGAGCUCGGCGACCUGGGGAGCCUGGAGCUCCUGGACCUCGGCAACAAUUCCCUCAGCGGCGGCAUCCCGAGCAGCCUCUGCAACUGCUCGGCGAUGUGGGCGCUCGGCCUGGACACCAACAACCUCACCGGCCAAAUCCCGUCUUGCAUCGGCGAUCUCGACAAGCUCCAGAUAUUCGAGGCCUUUAUGACCAAUCUCGACGGCGAGCUUCCGCCGUCAUUCGCCAAGCUCACGCAGAUGAAGUCGCUGGACCUCAGCGCCAACAAGCUGUCCGGCUCGAUCCCGCCGGAGAUCGGGAACUUCUCGCACCUCUGGAUUCUUCAGCUGGUGGAAAACCGCUUCUCCGGACCAAUCCCGUCGGAGCUCGGCCGCUGCAAGAACCUCACCAGGCUCAACAUAUACAGCAACCGAUUCACCGGCGCCAUCCCUCGCGAGCUUGGGGAGCUCGUGAACCUGGAGGAGUUGCGCCUGUACGACAACGCGCUGUCGUCCGAGAUCCCGAGCUCGCUGGGGCGGUGCACGAAGCUAGUAUCGCUUGGGCUGUCCAAGAACCGGCUGACCGGCUCGAUCCCGCCGGAGCUUGGCGAGCUCCGGUCGCUCCAGACGCUGACGCUCCAUGAUAACCGGCUCACCGGCACGGUUCCGACAUCUCUGACGAAUCUUGUCAACCUGACAUACCUGUCGCUCAGCAACAACUCCCUGUCUGGCCGGCUGCCGGAGAACAUCGGGGCGCUCCGGAAUCUCCGGAAGCUCAUCAUCCACAGCAACUCGCUGUCCGGCCCAAUUCCGGUGAGCAUAGCCAACUGCACGUUGCUGUCCAACGCGAGCAUGUCAUCAAACGAGUUGACAGGGCACCUGCCUGCUGGGCUUGGCCAGCUACAGGGCCUCGUGUUCUUUUCAGUGGGCAACAACUCGCUGAACGGAAGUAUACCGAAGGACCUGCUCCACUGCGUCAACCUCCGCACUCUGGUCCUAGCAAGCAACAACUUCACCGGUGGGCUGUGGUAGAAGUACAUAUUUUAUGUUUUACUAGGUGAGUGCCCGUGCGUUGCAACGGGAAAAACCUCAUGUAUGCAUGGGUGACAUAUUGAGGUGAUACUAUCAAGAAUCAACUCAACCAAAACUGCAUCCAAAUAGUUCUGCUUUUGUUACAGGAUCAUACAAUCCGAAUGCAUGUAUUUGUUUAAAUAAAGAUAUGUAGAUGGUAUAUAGUUUAGUCUUACAAUCAAAAGACAUUGAACUACCCAGAAAUAUUCCUUCAUAUAUACUUUCUAACAGUCAAAAAACUAAUGCUUUCAGAAAACCCUACAUGUUUGAGUCAAAAAAAGAAACCAGUAUAAUUAUCGAAUUCAAUGGCCAUGGAAUAUAAUUUAUUUCACCGC